UGGUACAUGGGAGUCCGCUGCAAACACACCGCUGAGCCCUUCUAGGAGUGUUCUGCAGUGCAGGCGCACGUUGUGAAUCGCCAUUCCAUCCUCGACGCUUCUUGCAUGCAUGUCGCAAUGGUGAGACUUCACGAUGAACUACAAUGACCAUGAAGAUCUUCGUGAUUAUCUUUCUUCGUGCCCUCGUUGUUGCUGCUGAAAACGACUGCAAUGCCACGCUGCCGUGGUCGAUAGACCGUAGCAGCCACCCCAGGCUCACCGGGGAACAAUUCUCAAAACUCCUACGGUGUCCAGAAAAUCUCAACGGCUGCGGCGAUGCUCCGGUGUCUUGCUCCGGACACGGGAACCUAUGGACCUGUUCUUGUGCUGAUAACUGUGAUGUGUACGGCGACUGCUGCUGGGAAAAAUCGACAUCGCUAGACUCUAGGCCUUCUUCGUCAUGCAUACGUGUGGACAUUGAGGACAAGUAUUACAGAGACAUAGCCGUUGUCAGUGGCUGUCAGAGAGACUGGCCACCGGAUGAAGUGCGUGAUGGCUGUGAAAACCAGGCGAAGUACAACGACACCUUCUACAGGACGCCCCUAACUAGUGCAAGCGGUAUAACAUACUACAACGGUUAUUGUGCUCUCUGUAACUAUGAUAUGGAGGGUGUCACGUUCUGGAACGUUUCAUGUCAAUCUGCCGGCAGUGACGCGUGUGGAGGACCAACGGGAGCUCCCUUAAGGGUGACCUUGCCAAAUGUUGUACUGGACAACAACGAUGCUCAUCUCCACCCUUGCGACGUAAGAGCAGAGUUCAUAGACACUUGCGGGGAAUCCAUAAGCGACGUGGCUCGAAGGUGCGAGACGUACUUCGCCCCCGUGCAAAGCUCGAAAAACGACUCUGUCGCGGUUUACAAGAACGUAUACUGUGCCCUGUGCAACGCAAAAGAUGUGUCAACUAUGAAGUGUUCCCCACCUUAUGAGCUGUUUAACCACAGCCGUUUUUCUGAAGCUUCCAUAGACGUUUCAGGACCAAAUUUGGUCCAGCUAUUACGUCCUGUUUCAAGCCGUAACGGGUGUCGCUUUUGGCAAGGUAACAAGUGCUUCAUCCCGAAGGUUGAGUACCGCUACAACAAUCAUUCCACCGGUGUCGCUAACGGCACUGCUGACACAAACAGGACCUCAACCAGAAUCAAAUUAGUAUUCAAGAAACAAAACGUACAGGUCUACUUUACCAUCGCGUGCUUGAGCAUCUCACUUCUGUGCCUCGCCCUGAAGGCAUUAGUCUACGUCGUGUUCAAAGGCUCCCGAGGAUUCUCCUCAAAAUGUACGCUAUGCCUCUCUUGUACACUUUUCUUCAGUCACCUCCUCUUCUUGCUUGCCAACUCAUUCGCGUUGCCAAGGUUACCCUGCGUGAUAUCUGCGAUGUUCUUGCACUUUGGAUUCUUAUCCGCUUUCUUCUGGACUACCGUGUUGGCUUCCGACAUAUGGAAGGGAGUCGCAGCCGUCAAACUUGCCCGUGGCAGAACACGUGCCUUCCCGCGAUAUUGCAUCGUGGCCUGGGGAUCACCGCUCUGUCUCGUGCUGACUUGUGCCGCAAUAGACUACGCGGUACCGUCGUUCCUGCUUGCUCCGCGAUAUGGUCAAGCAGCCUGUUGGAUUUCCAACAUCAAAGCACUCGCUGUGUUCUUUCUAACGCCGAUGGUAUCGUUGCUUGUCUUGAACGCUAUCUUCUACGUGCAUAUCAUCAUCCACGUCAGCAAGACGACGCAGCAGGCAGCCGACUUUGAUUUUCGUGCCGGUGGACAAAGAUCUCGUAUGAGACUCUACGUGAAACUGGCUCUUAUUAUGGGUGCAACAUGGAUGCUCGGUUUUGCUUGUGUUUAUGUCGUGUCCGUUAUCACCGACGUAAUAUUCAUCAUGUCGGUUGGUCUUCAAGGCGUUUAUUUGUUCUUCGGCUUCAAGGAUUACCGUUACUUCAUUGACGCCGUACGGGGUCGCAAAAUCCCUCCGUCAAAUACUUCGGGAAAUGGAACAUCUACAGAACUGCCGCAAAUGGAAGGAAAUUCUAAGAGUGAAUGAGUUGUUGCAGAUAUGAGUCUAUCUGGUUAGGAUAAGGAAUAUCCUACCAAUAUUCCACAAAUAUAAACCUAUAUGAGUAGUUUAGCAGGUGUUCUGCUGAAUGAUUAUGCAGUGUUUGAUCUGUAACAAAAUGGUAGCGAUUCGGUUAUGUGUUCAGCAGUUUACCCGACGAAGCAUGAACCUGGUCACAACAAGCAAAGGAAUCCCAAAAAUGAGUGCCGCACGCAAUCAUACCUUAGUGCCGACUGUAGACGAAGUACAUAUUAUUACGAGGGUAACUUUUUGCGCAAGGUCGGCGAGGAUUGUCCUAAUAAAUAAGAGCUGUAUU